AAAGGGAACUGAGCGCACAUUUCUCCAGGCUUUACCGCGACUGUUUCUGCUAGAGACUCGUACAAACCAGUUAUUCAAGCAAACCGAAUCAUUACGCGUUUCAGCGAUUCUUGCACUGCAGUAGUGCACAUUUAUAUUUGCAUCUUCAACGUGCAAAACAAUCUUUUGCACUCGUAUAUAUUGCUUUGAAGAGCAUUAUAUCCCGGACUCAAUGGAUUUUCUGUGGCUGGUGUGUCUUGCGGUGAGCGUCAGCGCCUGGUACGCGUCUGCGGAGCGACACAGUGUUUACUGGAACAGCUCGAACGCAAAUUUCCUAUGGGAUGAUUACACCGUGGAUGUCCGCAUUAAUGACUACCUAGACAUCAUCUGCCCUCACUACGCACGUGGCGAGAUCCCAUCCCAGGAGGCCGAGCGGUACGUGCUCUAUAUGGUGGAGCUGGAGGACUAUGAGAACUGCAAGCCGCAGUCCUUCGACCAGCUUCGCUGGGAGUGUUCCAGACCCUUCGCUCCUCACGCUCCAGAGAAGUUCUCUGAGAAGUUCCAGCGCUUCACUCCCUUCACUCUGGGCAAGGAGUUCCGCCAGGGAGAGAGUUACUACUAUAUUUCCAAACCUCUUCACCAUCAUGGGCAGGAGUGUUUGAGACUGAAGGUGGAUGUAGUUGGACCUCAUGGUUCCAAGAACAAGAACAAGAAAAAGACAGUUGAGAAGGAAGAUGAGAUGGAAGUAAAGGCUGUAGGAGGAGUACAUAACCCAUCAAACAGGCUUCCAGCAGAUGACCCUAUUGCCAUGAUCCCAGUUGUGCAGAGGAGCGUGGGCAGUUCAGGCGUUCGUGUGGCACCCGUCUCAAGUUUCGUCACGUUGAUCUCUAUACUCAUCUUUCUGCUCCUCCACUGAGCCUGAUAUAAGAAGACUUUAUGGACGCUGGUCCGUUAGGACACAACAGACUUUAAAGCCGGUGCUGGUUACCGGCUGUGAAAAUAAAUUUUUUACGAAGAAUUUUUAUACAAACUGAAGUUUUGGUGCUGGUGUGCAAGUUGCUGAGUGACGUGUUUGUAUUUGUGUUCGUGAGAGUGACGUG